UUUUAUAUUUCUUUUCAAAAAUGGUUCUAGCUGGCAAACUUAUUACAGAACUUGGGAUCAAAACAUCUGCUGACAAGUUCUUCAAACUGUUUGCAUCAGAACUUCACGAAGUGCAAAAUCACUGUGAAGGAAUUCAUGAAGCCAAACUGCAUGAAGGUGAUGACUGGCAUGACACUGCUUCGGUUAAACAUUGGACCUAUGUCGUAGAUGGUGAGGUACACACAUGUGACGAGAGUAUUGAAGAAGUUGAUGAACAUAACAAAAAAAUUACUUGGAAGGUUUUUGGUGGAGAUAUUGAUAAGCAAUAUAAGGUCUUUAAGCUCAUCCUUGAAGCAACUGAUAAGGCUGAUGGCACUGCUGUUGCUAAAUGGACGGUUGAAUAUGAGAAGAUUAGUGAGGAUAUUAAUCCUCCAAAUGGUUAUAUUGACUUGAUUUUCAAAAUUACUCGAGAUGUUGAUGCUAAUCUCGUCAAGGAAAAGGUAGCUCAAUAAGACAAAAAGAAAAAAGAAUGUCAGUGCAUGUGGUUUGCUAGUGUUUAUCUUUAUAAUAAGUUAG